AAAACAAUUUAAUUUUUGUUUACGGAAAACAUUUCUAUACUAAACAUCAAAAUGGCAGAUGCCGAUAAACUCAACAUAGAUAGCGUCAUAGCAAGACUUCUUGAAGUCAGGGGAUCCAAGCCCGGCAAAAAUGUACAACUCACCGAUAACGAAAUUCGAAGUUUGUGUUUGAAAUCAAGAGAAAUAUUUCUCAGUCAACCUAUUUUACUAGAACUCGAGGCACCUCUAAAAGUUUGUGGAGAUAUCCAUGGUCAAUACUAUGAUUUGUUGAGAUUAUUCGAGUAUGGAGGAUUCCCACCCGAAAGCAACUAUCUAUUCCUUGGGGACUAUGUCGACAGAGGCAAGCAAUCUCUUGAAACAAUUUGUCUCCUCCUAGCAUACAAAAUCAAGUACCCAGAAAAUUUUUUCCUGCUUAGAGGCAAUCAUGAAUGUGCCAGCAUCAACAGGAUUUAUGGUUUCUAUGACGAAUGCAAAAGGCGUUACAACAUAAAACUCUGGAAGACAUUCACAGACUGUUUCAACUGUUUACCCAUUGCAGCAAUCAUUGACGAAAAGAUUUUCUGCUGUCAUGGAGGAUUGAGUCCGGACUUGCAAUCCAUGGAGCAGAUCAGACGAAUUAUGAGACCAACAGAUGUUCCCGAUCAGGGUUUGCUUUGUGACCUUUUAUGGUCUGAUCCAGAUAAGGAAGUGUUAGGCUGGGGUGAAAAUGAUCGUGGUGUGUCCUUCACCUUUGGGGCAGAGGUCGUUGCAAAAUUCCUUCACAAACAUGAUUUGGAUUUGAUAUGCAGGGCACAUCAGGUCGUAGAGGAUGGUUAUGAAUUUUUCGCAAAGCGCCAACUAGUGACGUUAUUUUCAGCACCGAACUACUGUGGUGAGUUUGAUAAUGCUGGGGCAAUGAUGAGUGUUGACGAGACUCUCAUGUGCUCAUUUCAGAUUUUGAAGCCAGCAGACAAAAAGAAAUUUCCAUAUGCUGGAGUUCAAGGGUCGCGACCUGUCACCCCACCUAAAGGCACACAAGCUAAGGGCAAGGGCAAAAUGUAG